AUAACAAUAAUAAUAAUAAUAAUCAACAAAAUAAUCCAUAUCCAUCAUUAUCACAAUUAGAAUCAUAUCGAAUUAAUAAUAAUCGAUUUAAUUCGAAUGUAGAUCAUACAUAUAAUUUUUAUACAACUAAUCCAUAUCAAUCAUAUAUGCCAAUUAGUAGAAUUAUUAAUCUAUCUUAUCCUUCUUCUAAUAUACAUGAAAAUAAAUGGAAUACUUAUUUAAAUCGUGUAAAUAAUCAAUAUAUCAAUCAUAGUUCUAUUAAUCAUAUAAGUAAUAGUAAUAUUCAUAGUAUUAAUCAAUCACAUUAUACCUCUAUACCAAAUAUUUUUCCUAAUUUAGUAUCUAAAUUAUCAUCACCUUUUUCAUCGACAUCAUCAUUUUCAGAAUCUAAAACAUCAUUAAGUAUAGGAUAUACUCCUGAAAUAUCACAUCCUUUUUUAGCCGGUGAAUCACAAACAGAACAAAUUUUAAAUUAUAUAUUAACUAAUUAUAAAUCACAUGAAAGACCAAAUGAAAAUUCUCAAGAUCCAACUAUUGUUAGUGUAUUCAUUCAUAUUAUAGAUAUAUCAUCAAGUAAUGUAGUACAAAUGGAGUAUACAAUUAAUUGUUAUCUACGUCAACAAUGGUAUGAUCCACGUUUAUCAUGGGAUACUAAUAUUCAAUUAAGUAAUAAUAUUAAAGAAUUAUUAUUAAAUCAACAAAAAAAUCAAUUAUGGCUUCCUGAUUUAUUUUUUCGUAAUGGUAAAUCAGGUUUUUUACAUGAUAUGUCACAACCAAAUUAUUUAUUACGUGUUAAAUCUAAUGGACAAGUAUUAUAUAGUCAAAAAAUUACAAUGACAUUAUCAUGUCAAAUGUAUCUACGGAAAUUUCCAAUGGAUAAACAAGAAUGUACAGUUAAUAUUGGUUCAUAUGGAUAUACAAUUGAUCAAUUAAAAUUUAUAUGGCAUCAUGAUAAACCGGUCACUAUAUCGAAUAAUUUACAAUUAUUAGAAUUUGAAAGUCCACAUGGUGCAUAUACUUUGGAUUGUACAAAAAAUGGUACAACAAAUACUGGAACUUAUAGUUGUCUAUUAUUAAUUAUACCACUUCGACGAUUAAUUGGUUCUUAUAUUGUUACAACUUAUAUUCCAGAAGUUUUAAUUGUUAUGGUAUCAUGGUUAGGAUUUUGGAUUGAUAUUAAAGCAGUACCAGCUAGAGUAACAUUAGGUUUGUUAACAUUACUUGGUUUAUUAACUGAAAGUAGCAGUGUUAGUUCACAAUUACCUAAAGUAACCUAUUUAAAAGCAAUUGAUGUUUGGUUAACUGUUUGUUUAUUAUUUGUCAUCGCAGCAUUAGCUGAAUUCGCUUAUGCUUAUUUAAUGACACCUAAAAAUGACAGUCCUGAAUGGGAACCAGAAGUGAGAGAUUUAGUUAAAACUUUAUUAGUAAAUUAUACUGGUGAAAUUCGAUGUUGUUGUUGUUUCACAAAGAAUCGACAUCAUAAACCAAUUUUCAAAGAUAAUAAUAAUAAUAAUCAAAGAUCUCAGUCACAUCAACCACGAUCCUACAUAGAUAGUACACAUAAAAAAUUAAAUUCACAUACAAGAGAUAUUGAAUCUGAUCCUGAAUUUACAAUGAAAUCAAUGAAAAAAUCAAGUAGAACAAGUAGAUCAAGGCAUAUCAAAUCAACAAAUCUACGUUGUAAAGUUUGUGAAUCAUAUCAACCAGUAUGUUGUACUUGUCCAGCUUGUGCUCGAUUGAAAUGUCCUGAAGCACCAAGAAAAAAACCAACACAAGCAAAAAUAUCAACAAAACAAUCAAAGUCAAUAAAUCAUAAUGAACUAAGAAAAAUCAAUAAGAUUAAAUCAAAUUUAAUCGAUUAUCCUAAAAUAAUAAAACCAAUAAAAAAAACUAAAUUAAUCAAUGAAAAACAAUUACAAUCAAUAAAUAUUGAUUCAUGUCAUGUAUUUAUUCAACCAUUCAAUAAUGAAUUAUUAUUAUUAAAUAAACAACCUAAAAAGUCUGCAUUAAAAGUAAAACAAUCAACAAUAUACAAUAUAAACAAUAAUGAUAAUAAUAAUAAUUUAAUCCAUUCAAAUAAAGAAUUAAAAAUUACUACAUUUUUAGAUCAUGAAAAGAAAAUAUAA